AUGGAGCAGGAAAAGAAGGAGAAGAAGAAGGUGAUGGUGGCAAUUGAUGAGAGCGAGUCUAGUCACUACUCGCUUACUUGGGCGCUUGAAAACCUGGCCGACACCAUACGCAAUUCUGAGCUUGUUGUGUUCACUGUGCAGCCCACCAACAGUGAUUUUGCUUACACUUAUGCUUCCAGUUUCGGUGCUGCCCCUCCUGAGUUGAUAGAAUCUAUCCUAGCAAACCACAAGAAGUUCGCAUUGGCUUUAUUAGACAAAGCUAAAGACAUCUGCGCCAAACAUGGGAUUGUUGCAGAGGCAGUGACAGAGGUUGGGGAUCCUAAAGAGGCAAUAUGUGAAGCAGUGGAGAAACACAACAUCAAGUUACUUGUAUUGGGCAGCCACGGCCGGGGAGCUGUAAAAAGGGCUUUGCUGGGAAGCGUAAGCAACUACUGUGUUCACAAUGCUAAGUGUCCUGUUCUUGUUGUGAGGAAACAGGAAUGA